UUCACUCCCUGAUUUCUAAGCCUACAUAUUUUUUUCAUUCAAACUGUAACAAUAUCUCUUCUAUCACAGAAGAGAUAGAAGCAUGGAGGAUAAUAGGAAAGGGGAUGAAGAAGAGAAGAAAGGUGGAGAUGCUGAGGAGGAGAAACUCCCUCCUGGAUUUCGAUUUCAUCCCACAGAUGAAGAGCUUAUCACUUAUUAUCUCACACAUAAGAUCACAAAGUGCAAUUUCACAGCCAGAGCAAUUGCAGAAGUUGAUCUCAACAAAUGUGAGCCUUGGGAUCUCCCUGGGAAAGCGAAGAUGGGCGAGAAAGAAUGGUAUUUCUUCAGUCUAAGGGACAGGAAGUAUCCCACAGGAAUGAGGACCAACCGGGCAACAAACGCAGGAUACUGGAAGACAACAGGGAAGGACAAGGAGAUAUACGAUUGCAGAAGCUCGGAGCUUGCAGGGAUGAAGAAGACACUUGUGUUUUAUAAGGGAAGGGCUCCACGAGGAGAGAAGACUAAUUGGGUUAUGCAUGAGUAUCGUUUGCAGGCCAAGUCUGGCUUCAAUGGAAACCUUAUGCUUCGGCAGGUAGACGAGUGGGUAGUUUGCCGUGUCAUCCUGAAAAGCAACUCCAACAGCAAAAAAAGCUCAUCCACCACCCAAUCCCACCGAUCCCUGCCCAACCCAUGCAGCCUAAACAUCCUCGGCCCUCCCAUCCUCCCAACCCUUUUCAGCACCACCAGAACCCACGCCCACAAUCUCGCCGAACUUCUCCGAUAUCCAAACGGAAGCUGCUUUCCAACGCCGCCUUCCUCCUCCCUCGCCGGCCUCAACCUCAACCUUGGAGGACAGCAGCCAUUGAUUCGGUCUUUGAAUUCACCAAUACUGAACACAGCAGAGGCGCAGCUGAUGUUGCCGCAGUUAUCAUCAUUGUCAUCAUCGCCGUCAUUUGUUGGAAGUUGCAUUGCAGGAUGUGAAUCUGGGUUUGGUGGUGCCAACAAUAUUCUUGGUGCCACGAGGUUUCAGAAUUUGGAGGAUUCGUGCAUGGAGCUGGAGGGAUAUUGGCCGACUUACUGAAAUGGGCUAGUAAUAAUACAUAUAUAUUGAUGUAUGUUUUCUGUGUUAAGUAUGUAUGACUACAAAAGUAAGAUGCUAUAGCAUGAGAAAAUAUUACGUGCAGACGACGGAUGUAUGGAUGGAGGCAUGAAUCACACUACGCCGCCGAACGCAGCCCGAUUAACCGGAUGUAGUAUUUUCUCUUAUAGCCUGCAUGCCUUGUUAACCUGCAAUGCCUUUUUUAUUU